CGCGCCGCCAAUGGGUGGAGCAUGCCGCCGCCGAUUUCGGCUAUAAAAGAAGCGGCCGCGGCGGCAGCGGUCGUCCGCAACGCAGGUAGACGCGCACACCGCCGCUGGAUACCACCAUCUGAAGAGCUCACGAUUCGCAACCCAACGAGCAGCAGGCCGACGCAUCGGAAGCAACUUCAUCAAACUUACAAGUUUUCACGCAUAUUCACGCAGUUUUCGACUACUACAAGACAAGUAAAGAUGAAAUUCAUGGUCCAGCCACGCAUCAACGGCAUUCCAAUGACGCUCUUCGUCGCCGCCAUCGUGCUCCUCACCGUGGCGCAAUUAAGUUCUGCAAGUCCAAUGAUUCCCAACUACUUUGAUUACGACAUGCAUCAGAAGCAGAACGUGCAGGCGCCUGACUUCACCAAAGCAGGAAUCCAAUCGACCCUGGAAUACCUGCAAAACGCUCUGAAUGCUUUGAACUUGGAAAACACCAAGAGAGGAAUCGACUUGGGUCUGGGCCGUGGCUUCUCCGGCUCGCAGGCAGCCAAACAUCUGAUGGGUCUUGCCGCCGCCAACUUCGCCGGCGGUCCAGGCCGGCGACGACGUGCCGCACCCGUCGCCAGCAUGCGCGACGACUUGGACGUCUAAAUCCAGCCGCCGCCGUCGCCGCACGCAUAAUCUAAACCACUUAAACAAUUACCAUGUACUACACCUAACACACUAGACACAUGCAGUCCUCCAACACCAUCGGGACACAAAUAUCAAUAAUUAUUAAAUAUUAUUAAUGUGUCAUUGUACUUCUUCUCAAAUAGACACUUUAUCCAAACAGAAUAAAAAAUUUUGAUUUUUUUUCAUUUUGACAUUUGAUAUUUGACAGUUGGCACUUUUUGACAACUGAACUUAGGUUAGAUUCUCUUAUGUCACACACACACGAUGUCAAAAUGUCGAAUAUCUAAGAUGUCUAUUUUAUAAGUAAAAGUUUAAUCCAACUUAUCGAUAAACAUAAUAUCUAUUGGUGUUGCUUCACUCAAUAAGCUCAACAAAUCAAAACUCAAAUUCAAGAAGAAAAAAACAAAAACAAAAUGGCGAAAUGUUGAAUGUUGGCCUAAAAAUUCGGUAUACUUAUCAACUUAACCUCAAAAGCAACUGUCGCAACUAUUCAAUUAUUUGUUAAAUCUAAGAGAUUGCACAAAGAAACGAAAAAGUUUAUUAAAGUUUGAAACUUAUAAUAAAAAACCAGGGGAAGUCGGAGAGAAUAAUGAAUAAUGAAUUAAAUAAAUUGAUGUAUUUUCUGAUGUAUUUAUCUUAACUUUAAAGCAUAGCAUGGUGAAUGAUGGAAUUAUUUUCAAAGCAAAUUAAAAGCAAAGCGCAUAAAAAUGAAAUGAUAAUUAAUUUAAAGAUUAAAGAUUAAUGAAUUAAAGUUAUGAACGUGUGCUAUAUGUAUUGUUAGCGGAUAGUUACACAUAGUUAGCAAUAGAAUAAAUAGUUUCUGAUUGCAAA